AUGAAGAAGGGAAGCUUAAACCCUAAUGUGAAGCUCAAACUCUCUCUCCCUCCUCCCGAAGAAGUUUCCUUCGCCAAGUUCCUAACCCAAAGCGGUACGUUUAGGGCUGGUGAUCUGCUUGUCAAUCGAGACGGUGUUCGAAUUGUCUCUCAAAUCGAAACUCAACCUCCACCUCCUAUAACUCCCUCUGACAACCAAUUGAGUUUAGUAGACAUAGACAUGGUUAAGGUCAUCGGGAAGGGAAGUAGUGGAAUUGUGCAGUUGGUGCAACACAAAUGGACAAGCCAGUUUUUUGCUUUGAAGGUUAUACAAAUGAAUAUCGAAGAGUCUGCACGCAAGGCCAUUGCACAGGAACUGAAAAUUAAUCAGUCAUCACAAUGUCCAAAUGUUGUCAUGUGCUACCAGUCUUUUUAUGAUAAUGGUGCCAUUUCAAUUAUCUUAGAGUACAUGGAUGGUGGAUCUCUAGCAGAUUUUCUGAAAAGUGUUAAAACAAUUCCAGAACCAUAUCUUGCUGCCAUCUGUAAGCAGGUGCUCAAGGGUUUGUUGUAUCUUCAUCGUGAAAAACACAUUAUCCACAGGGAUUUAAAACCAUCUAAUUUGUUGAUAAAUCAUAGAGGAGAAGUCAAGAUUACUGACUUUGGAGUGAGUACAAUUAUGCAAAGCACGUCUGGACAGGCUAAUACUUUUGUUGGCACAUACAACUAUAUGUCGCCUGAGAGAAUUAGUGGGGGAAGAUAUGGCUAUAAAAGUGACAUUUGGAGCUUGGGAUUGGUAUUGCUGGAGUGUGCAACAGGCCAAUUCCCAUUUUCCCCUCCUGUGCUAGAUGAAGGCUGGAGUAAUGUCUAUGAACUUAUGGAAGCCAUUGUUGAUCAACCUCCACCUUCUGCACCAGCAGACCAAUUUUCUCCAGAGUUUUGUUCGUUUAUAUCUGCAUGUGUGCAGAAAGAUCCAAACCAUAGACAGUCAGCAGAUGAACUGAUGACACACCCAUUCAUGAACAUGUAUGAGGACCUGCAUGUGGAUCUCUCGUCAUACUUUACAAAUGCUGGAUCUCCUCUUGCAACCCUUUGA